AUGCCACGCACUAACAAUUGCUACCCUACAGUGGAUGCGUGGAAGCAGCUCGCAGAGAAGGCCGACAGCGCUCGAGUCGAAGAGGUCGCCUGUGCUUUAAUCGACAAUAUUCAGCGAUCUCAAGAAACCAUAAUGGACGACGUUGGCCAGUUGCGACAGCUCAACGAGGCCAAGGCCGAUGCGUUGGAGCUUGUGCAGGUCAAGCACAACAUGCACAAUUUGUUGUCACUCGCCGAGUCCAUUCAGCAUGAGUUAAGCGCGUUGCAGCGGAUCGUGAACGAGAAGAUGUCUGUUGCAGACGUUAAGGAUCUCCUAGACUCGCAGUCGACCCUGAACGGUUUGCAGAACGCCAUGAAGCAAUUGCAAGCCAUUACGCGGCAGCUACGCAGCGAAAUCUACCAAGCUCGCUAUAUCUGGAAGGAUGGCCCUCCCAGCGCAAAGCAAACGAUUCAAUGGAGCUCUCAAGUGGUGAACACGAAUGCGGACAUUUUCUUGUGGCAGUUUGGGUCCGACGAGGUGAGGUUGCUGCUGCCAGGGCUUUAUCAUCUCCAGGCAGCAUUCUUCACCAACUACUCCCCAGCUAUCCAAGUGCUCGUGAACGGUGAACCAGCCGCUCUAUUGCGCUCGUCGACCGAUACGAAAGAGGCGACUUGCUCUCCAUCAUCCAUCCAUCCAGCAAUUCGGCGUCUGCAUCACAGUGCUGGCAACGUGGCGGGCCUGGCGAUUGAUUUGUUCCUGGCACUGCCAGCACGAGCCCUUGUUGUCAUCUCGUACGACCUUGAUGAGAAGGCACAGGGAUUUUUGAACCUGCGGAAGCUCUAG